AUGUUGGCACAUCUGCCAGAAUCAGUGGCAGGCAAUGUUCCCAUCGUUCGCACGGAUUCGGGACUCGUCGCGGGGGAUCGUAUCACAGUCGGCGACCGGCAUGUGGACACUUUUUGGGGAAUCCCGUACGCGGAACCACCCGUUGGAGACCUACGGUUCAGAAAGCCUCAUCCAAUCACAGCUUGGAAUGGAACGUACAACGCUACAAGAAAGCCCACACCGUGUUGGCAGCCGAACCUCCGAUUUCUGGGGAACGCAUUAACGGAUUAUUCUGGAGCCUCAGAGGAUUGCCUCUACCUCAACGUCUGGCGAAAUUCUCCCAACUGUUCACAAUCCGAUACGUGUGGCAAGAAACAGCCAGUCGUAAUUUUUAUUCACGGCGGUGCCUUCCAGUGGGGUGACUCAGCUUUGUUUUUUUACGAUCCUGCAAACUUCGUGUCUUUGACAGAUGUUGUCUACGUAACCUUCAACUACCGUCUCGGAUUUUUUGGAUUUUUGUCGCUGGAGACGCCUGAGCUGCCUGGAAAUAUGGGACUUUGGGAUCAACAUUUGGUGCUCAAAUGGGUUCAGAGAAACAUCAAGAACUUUGGAGGUGAUCCGAAUGAUGUCACCAUCUGGGGUCAGAGUUCGGGGGGAGUAUCAGCAGGAAUGCAGGCGAUGUCUCCUCACAGUAAGGGUCUCUUCAAACGAAUCAUCAUGGAAAGUGGCACACCGCUCUCCAUGAUCCUCGGAAUAUCUUACAAGGGUUCCGGCAAAUUUAUUGCUGUGACUAGCGCCCUUGGAUGUUACGACUCCAAAAGAAGCUUCGGGGAUCAACGUAGAGAUGUGAUUGAUUGCUUAAAAAAAUUGGACGCAGCGUUCGUCUACAAAACCUUGAAGUCAUUGGACCUUGUUCAGCAAAUAUUUGUUCCAGUACACGGAGAUGACUUUCUACCUCUUCACCCGCUUAUGGAAGAAACGUGGAAACACCUUGAUUUCAAAGAGCUUCUCCUUGGAACCAAUUUGAACGAAGGGACUUUAUUUUUUGAUAACCUACAGUACACGUUUCCGGCGCUAAAGCAACUCUUGGCAGGUGACUAUCGACUUGCGGUCACAGUUACCCUGGGACCUGCGUUUGAUAUCCCGAUUUCACAAGCACGACACAUCGUGCGUAAUUACUUUGGCGAUUAUGAUGUCCAGCACAACAGCCGAAGCGUCGGAGAUAUAUUCAGCCGAAUCUUCGGAGAUGUUGUUUUCAACUGUCCGACCCAGCUGUUCGCCGACCUCGCAGCACAACAAGGAAUAAGCACCUAUAGGUACAUAUUCGCGCACCGGCCCAGCUUCAGUGCGUGGCCAGAAUGGAUGGGCGUUGCUCAUGGGGUCGAGCUGGCGUUUACAUUUGGAUCCCUGCCAUUUGUUAAUGACGAAAGUAGAUACACCAAACCACUCGGAGAUUAUGCAAGAAAUUUUUUGAAGAAUGUAACUUACACGGCAGAAGAAGAAACAUUUAUGACGCAGCUCGUGGCUGCAUGGAACUCUUUCGUUCGAAAUAGAAAGCCAGUAAUUCCGCUUCCUGGAAUUGACUGGCCCUUAUACAAGCCGGAAAGUCCUAAGUUGUUGUACCUUCGUCCUGGAAACUACACGAUUGCACGGGACCCAUUGCGGGAUGCUUGUGAGCUUUGGCGGCCGUUUUUACUACAAAAGUAA